CCUGGGGCCAGUUGGAACAGCACACACAGCCCGUGGGACUCGAUGACGAUUGUUUAAAACCCUCGUCACCCCCAUUCUUUCUGUUGUUUCCAAAAUAAUCGCUCUAAUUCUCUUCUGUACCAUCACAACCGCAACCAUGCCCCUCGAGAAAGCAAUCACCUACGCGCUCGUCCUGCUCGGCGCCUUGAUCGGCGGGUACAUGGGCUGGGCCUCGUCGGACUCGGACUACGAGCUCAACACGGCCGUCGCACCACGAGUCUUAUCGUUCAUCCACGAGAGAAUCCCCGCUAUCAACAUCCCGGCACCUCCGCUCCCAACAGCACUCACCCAGAUCCUCUCAAAGAAGGACCGCACCCAGCUCGUCGGUUCGACGAAUGGCUUCAAAUACGAAUAUCGAACAGCCGAUCUAAACCGCCUCUCGCGGACGCAACGCGAUGCCGUGCGCGCUGCGGUGAAGAACUACUUCGACACGCAUACGCCUGCAGAAAUCGACGCAGCGAUCGAAGAGGGUGACGCGCUGUUUGGCGCCUAUGGCGCGGGUAGCUCGUGGACACUUGGAACAGGAACCGCGUGCCUGAAACUCGACGACAAGUGGGGCGCUAAUGAGAGAUGGGGGCCGAUUGAGGGGUAUAUGAAGAUUGGGAGGGAGGGGAGGUUCGAUGAGGAGUUUUACUGCGGGCCGACGUUUACGUUGACGGUUUGGAAAAAGCAGUUUGACAUUGUGGAUGGGACGAAGAAGAAGAAGGAGGAGGAGGAGAACGAACAAGGCGGGGGAGAACAAUGUUGACCGGGAGCUCUAAUGGACUGAUUAGCUGGAUUGUGUACCUCGCCGCGGAUAAAGUCGCGCGGUAGAGCGAGGUUGGGGGCCAGAACCAAGAUCCACCCGGGCAGUCUCGUUGUUGCAGAGCCUGACGGCGGAAGGGCAGGCCCCAGCACCCAGGUGAUUCUGGUGGAAGAUCCGACGUGCAUGAAACUCAGUGAAUCCGUACGUCUAUUUUUUAUUGAAUGGCAGGAGAGACCGGGCGCGACUACUAAGAAUGCACAAACCCGCGAGAAACAUCCCUCAGCCACAGCAGUCAGAACCGGCAUGGGGGUUAGAAUAAACGAAGUCCAAUCAGUCUCGAAUACUGAAUCUGCGGCGGCAGUGAAGCAGAUCCAUACGUGCGCCUCCGGCGCAUGCUGUAGCCAGGACAGAUCUUGGAUAGCGAAGCCUUUGGGAGCUCAAUGUCGUCAUAGAGAAAUAGGAAUCUUGCUCGUCCCGGUGUUGUUGUUGUUCUUGCUGUCAUGGUUGGCAGUGGCAUAGUCUGUAGUGUGACGGUAUUUGCAGUAGCAAAGAUGGUGCGAAAUAUUCUUGCCGCGAGCUGGCAGGACUUAUUUAUAUUCUUAACAAUGGCCCCUGAUGGAGUAAA